CCUGCAACAGUGACAACAUUCCCUCUCUAGCAAAAGCCACCAUCCCCUCUGCAUAGACAAACUGAGACUGCAGCAUACCAACGACGACAGUGUGGGAAAUUGUCCUCUUUCCAUCAGUGAUGGUUAAGAAAAUGGAGGCGAUUGGACGUGUACCAGCUGUACUAGCGAUGCUUCUCUUCUCGACUCUCUCUGCCAGCUCCUCAUUCCAGCCUGCCCUGGUACUAGACAUGGCCAAGAUCCUGCUGGAAAACUACUGCUUCCCUGAGAACCUGGUUGGGAUGCAGGAGGCCAUACAGCAGGCCAUCAACAGUGGAGAAAUCCUUCAGAUUUCCGACAGGAAGACCCUGGCAGCUGUCCUCACAGUGGGAGUGCAGGGAGCCCUUAACGACCCACGGCUGACGGUGUCAUACGAACCCAAUUUUGUCCCGGUGAUGCCUCCGGCGCUGCCAUCCCUCCCCACAGACCAGUUAAUUCGGCUGGUGAGGAACUCGGUGAAGCUGGAUACCCUGGAAAAUAACGUGGGCUAUCUGCGGAUAGACCGGAUCAUCGGGGAGGAAACAGCAGAGAAGCUCGGUUCUUUGCUGAGGGAUAACAUCUGGAAUAAGGUCGCUCACACGUCCUCCCUUAUCUUUGACCUGAGGUACAGCACAGUUGGAGAACUGUCCGGAGUUCCUUUUAUCAUCUCCUAUUUCUCUGACCCUGAGCCCCUCAUUCACAUUGACACUGUGUACCACAGACCCUCUAAUACAACCCAGGAGCUGUGGACCAUGCCGUCCAUAAUGGGAGAAAGGUAUGGAAAGAAAAAGGAUGUGAUUAUUUUAAUUAGCAAACGCACUGUGGGUGCUGCUGAAGCAGUGGCAUAUACAUUGAAACACCUCAAAAGAGCCAUCAUAGUAGGAGAGAGGUCUGCUGGUGGAUCGGUGAAAGUCCAGAAGAUCAGGAUUGGCGAUUCAGGGUUCUACAUAACAGUUCCCGUGGCGAAAUCCGUCAGUCCAAUCACAGGCCAGAGCUGGGAAGUGAGUGGCGUUUCUCCGUCCGUCAGCGUCAACGCCAAGGAAGCCAUUGGAAAUGCGAAGGCACUCUUGGCCGUGAGGAGCGCCAUUCCUAAAGCUGUUCAGAGCAUCUCAGAUAUCAUCAGGCAGUUCUACGCCUUCACUGACAGAGUUCCAACCCUCCUUCAGCAUCUGCAAUCUACCGAUUUCUUCUCGGUCAUAUCCGAGGAGGACCUGGCAGUGAAACUCAACCAGGAGCUCCAGGCUGUAUCCGAAGAUCCUCGGCUGACCAUCAAACACAUACAAGACAAUGCUGCUGUCAUAGUUGAGGACUCUGAGCCUGAUAAAGUUCCAGAUGACCCAGAAUUAUUGAGUGCACUGGUUGAUGCUGUGUUCAAAGUGGAAAUCCUCCAAGACAAUACAGGCUAUCUCCGCUUUGACACGUUUGUUGAGCCGUCAGCAGCAGCUAAACUAGGAGAACACAUGGCUAAAAAAGUGUGGGAGCCCCUCAAAGACACCGCCAAUCUGGUCAUUGACCUCCGCUACAACACUGGUGGGUAUUCUGCCUCCCUGGCAUUAAUACUCUCCUAUCUCCAGGACGCCUCACAGAAACUACACUUUUUCACAAUUUAUGACCGAAUUCAAAACACAACAACAGAACAUGGCUCACUGCCAAAUAUUAUUGGCCCAACCUACAGCUCCAAGCGUGGAAUUUACGUCUUGACCAGCUACUUCACCGCAAGCGUUGGAGAAGAGUUUGCUUAUCUAAUGCAGUCCUUACAUCGUGGCACAGUCAUUGGAGAAAUUACAUCCGGUACCCUGAUGCAUUCAAAGACACUCCAAGUAGAGGGCACAGAUAUCGCCAUCACUGUCCCUUUUAUAAACUUCAUCGAUAACAGUGGUGAAUGCUGGCUGGGAGGAGGCGUGGUCCCUGAUGCUAUCGUGCUAGCUGAGGAAGCUCUGGACCACGUUCACGAGAUCAUAGAGUUCCACAGAGGACUUAAGUCCCUCAUAGAAGAAACAGGGGAACUGUUAGAAAAACACUACGCAAUCCAUGAGGUCGCCGUAAAGGUCAGUAAAGUGCUGCUGAGCAAAUGGGAAGAGGGUUCGUACCGAUCCGUGGUUGAUUUUGAGUCCCUUGCAUCUCAAUUGACGGCAGAUCUCCAGGAGACUUCAGGCGAUCACCGCCUCCACAUCUUCUACUGUGACGUUGAGCCUGAGUCACUUCACGAAGUCCCAAAGAUCCCAACGGCAGAGGAAGUGGGAUACAUAAUUGAUGCUCUGUUUAAAAUAGAGGUGCUGCCAGGUAAUGUCGGUUACCUGAGGUUUGACAUGAUGGCAGAUGUUGAGGUGGUGAGGGCUAUUGGGCCUCAACUGGUGAAGAUGGUAUGGAGCAAGAUAGUAAACACUGAUAGCCUCAUAAUUGACAUGAGGUACAACACCGGCGGCUAUUCAACAGCAAUUCCUCUCCUGUGCACCUACUUCUUUGAUGCCGAACCCUUGCGACACCUUUACACCGUCUUCGACCGCACCACAACCACCAUGACAGAGAUUAUGACACUGCCACAGGUCAGAGGUCAAAGGUAUGGGCCAACAAAAGAUGUCUUCAUCCUCACAAGUCAUAUGACGGGGUCAGCGGCUGAAGCGUUCACCCGCACUAUGAAGGACCUGAAUCGGGCCACUGUGAUUGGGGAGCCGACGAUUGGAGGGUCUUUAUCAAGUGGGACCUAUCAGAUUGGGGACAGUAUCCUGUACGCUUCCAUCCCUAACCAGGUUGUUUUGAGUGCCAUCACCGGGAAAGUGUGGAGCGUUUCAGGGGUUGAGCCCCAUGUUGUUGCCCAGGCGAAUGAUGCUUUGUCUGUAGCACAGAAAAUCAUAGCCCUGCGCGGCCAAAUUCCAGCCAUCAUCGAGGGUUCGGCGGCCCUGAUUGCUGAUAACUAUGCCUUCGAGGCUGUCGGAGCUGACGUUUCAGCAAAACUGAACGGACUUCUGGCAAGUGGUGAGUACAGCUUGGUCAGCACCAAGGCUGAUUUGGAGGCGAAGCUCUCUGCUGAUCUGAAGACCCUGUCUGGGGACAAGAGCCUGAAGACCACCAGCAACACCCCAGCCCUGCCACCCAUGGAUUAUUCUCCAGAGAUGCUAAUUGACCUGAUCAAGGUCUCCUUCCACACUGACGUGCUUGAGAACAACAUCGGCUACCUGCGUUUUGACAUGUUUGGAGAUUUCGAGGAGGUCAAGUCCAUUGCUCAGAUUAUUGUGGAGCACGUCUGGAACAAAGUUGUGAACACAGAUGCGAUGAUCAUCGACCUGAGGAACAAUGUUGGUGGUCCAACAACCGCCAUCGCAGGGUUCUGCUCUUACUUCUUUGAUGCUGACAAGGAGAUCCUGCUGGACAAGCUGCAUGACCGACCCUCCGGCACCACCAAGGAUCUCACCACCAUCACUGACCUCACUGGCACCCGGUACGGAGCCAAGAAGAGCCUGAUCAUCCUGACCAGCGGAGCGACCGCCGGCGCCGCCGAGGAGUUCGUCUACAUCAUGAAGAAGCUUGGCCGCGCCAUGAUCGUCGGCGAGGCCACUGCCGGGGCAUCCCACCCACCCGAGACCUUCCGCGUCGGCGAGACCGACGUCUUCCUCAACAUCCCCACCGUCUAUUCCGACACCGCCGCCGGGCCGGCCUGGGAGGGAGCCGGCAUCGCCCCCCACAUCCCCGUCCCAGCUGGAGAGGCCCUAGACACCGCCAAGGGCAUCCUCAACAAGCACCUUGCAGGCCAGAAGUGAACCGCUCCCUGAGCAAAAGCCAGGAGGGCAUCCAACAGUCACUUUUGUUUUGGCAGCCAAAAGGUUUAGGGAUUUAGAAUAUAUGGAGCUGUGUAAGAAGAGAAUUAUGUAGGAUAAAGUAUAAAGUCCAAAGUGUGAUCCGUUUUUCACCCUGUCGACACCUAAGCCUUCUUUAGCCUGUUUGUAGAGCACAGGAGACGCGUUCUAAAGCAGGAUUUACUCGUAGUUUUUAUUUCUUUUGAAUGUCACUUUGACUACGGAAGGUUUGACUCGCUUAAUGUCUCUUGCAAAGGGUGAUUGGUACAGAAAUGUGGGUUCUUUUGUGAGGUGGGUUUAUAAUCUAUGAAUUUAUCUGUCAAAGAUCGGGUUGGAUGUUGUGGCAAUGAAUCUUGAAAAACAUCUUUCUACUUUUGGCUUUGAAAAAAGAGAAGCAGAAUGUACUGAAGCUAAGAUCGCUAUCCCUAAAACUUUGAUUUGGGACCUCUCUAAACUAAUCCACUUGCUGCUCUGGUGGGAAAACUGUCACAUGUAAUGUCUUUCUUACUGUGUAUGGGAAACAUGUCCACGAUGCAGUGAACUUCAUGCCCUGUGAAGCUACUUGGGUUGUAUCAAUUCCAGUGGUGAGACACAAUAAAAAAGCCAAUGGAAACACAAAA